AUGCGUCUAGCUGCUAAUCUUCCACAAUCCACGUUCCCAAUUGCCCUUAGGAUAUUCAGAUUGGGGAUGUACUUCUUUCAACUUGUCACUGUCUGCACAAUAAUAAUACUUCCUUGGUCGAUUUUCCUCUUUGUCAAAUUCUACGAUUGUAUCACAUCAUCACAAAGUCAUCAAAUAAUUGUUCCCCUAAAUUUCGACUAUCAAUACAUUAAUCAACCCCCGUUUGUCUCGUUGAGCCUUAGACAAUCCAAGUUAUUGGAUUUACUAGACUCGAAUCAGAAUUACGAUGUAUAUUUAGAUUUCGAACCGUACUGCGGCUCGACAAUAUCAUUAAACCAAGACUCCAUCAACGUUUCGCCAAUUACUCAAUCCCACAAGGUGUAUUCUAUCAAGGCCUCGUUGGUGAACUCAUCUCUAACUUCUAAACUUUGGGAAAUGUACCAUCGUGAUGCAAAUGAAUUUCCUUAUAGUAAAAAAACACCUCAAACCACUUGUCGCGAAAGAUCACAUUGGAAUUCCUGGCCACUAACUCGCUUCAUGACCCUGGAAAUACCUUCAUUAUAUACUCGUGAUCAUACCACCCAUAACCCACAAUAUCAGACCUCUCUUACCCAAUCUUUCUUGGUGGACUGUCUUUCUUACCAGUCUUCCAUGGAUAAUCCAAUAAUCCCACCAAUAUUGAAACAUUUCGUCCCUCCAAUGUUCUACUCAUUAGGAGUACCUAAACUUAGUUACCUGACCGCAUCAUCUCUGUGGGUAUUCCCAAAAGAUUCACAAAUUGAAGUCAAACUUUUUUCCCACCUCAUGUUCGCCGCUGAUGCAUACGAUAAAUUCAUUGAGACGGAUUUGAUACUCGAAUUCAAUGAUCUUAUUCAGAUUAACAAUUUCAAUAGUCGUUUGAUAUUACAGAAGUCACCAAGCUUCAUGGAUACAGAUUAUGGAUGGUACAAGGCAAUUAGUUGGAUAAUCAGAAACCAAGCCACGGUUUAUUUUGUGGGUAUUUCCAUUACUUUUAUGGCCAACGUCUUCAUCUAUUUAAUUUGUGUGAUCUUAAGUUAUUAUUGGGUAAAUGAGAAUGCUUAUAAUGCUUAUGUUGUACCAAUGUUGAAUGCAAUUUUGGAGCAACAGAAUAAAUAG